AUGUGGAGAUCAGAUACAGAUGAAGAUAUGCUCUUUAUUAAUCUUAGAACAUGGACUAAACCUCUCUGUCUAAGCAAGUUUGAGAAGAAACGAUUCUUCAACUGGUUUCUUUGCUUGGGUUGUUUGCCAUGCUACAAGUUGUUCAAAGCUCGGUUUCAGAUCCCCCAGUUGAAAGUAGACCACACAACAGAGUGUGUUCUGAGGAACCUAAUAGCAUUUGAGCAGUGUCACUAUCCUGAAGAACCUUACAUCUUCAACUAUGUUUCUCUGAUUGACUCUUUUAUUCACUCCAAAGAUGAUGCAGAGUUGCUGGUUGAGAAAGAAAUUAUUGUCCAUGAACUGGCAAAUCUGGUUAAUGAUCUUUGCAAACAUGUGACAAAUUCAACAUGCUACCACCAGAUCAUGGAAGAUGUUAAUGAACACUACAACAAUGAUUGGAAAUGGGCAAUGGGGACAUUGAGGUGGGUUUACUUCAGAGACCCUUGGAGAAGCAGUUCUACUAUAGUGGGGGUUGCGGUCCUAAUAUUCACUGCCUUCAACUUCUACCGUGUUACUGAUCUACUCUUUUAGUAAAUUUUUCUGUAUUACAUCAUCGUCCGUGAUUGCACACUAACGGUUACAUUUCCCAUUUUCUCGCAAAUAAGUGGCCUGUUUAUUAUCAAACAUAUGAAUUGAUAACAAAUAGCAGUUUCACAUCCUUAACUCUAGGAGAGGAGUUAAAAUUUUGUAAAAAGGAAAGCCCAUGGGCUGGUCCUAACCCAUAGGGCUUUGGGAGGUUUUUAGCCCUGUGGGCUUUUUUAGUGAAGGGUUUCCUUUGGCCCUGUGGGCUUUUUUGGCCCCAACCCACAUGGGUUAGGGCCAAAUCUUAUUAAAGGGGCUCACUUAACAGCUCUACAAUUUCAUCACCACUUCAAUUGUCCCAAAUAUCAUUAUAGUGAUCUGGUCUCUCUCUUCCCAUGGUCCAAUUGUAUCUUUCCACUAAUAUCUGUUAUGCAGAUGAUCACCUUCAACAUUGGUGCCACUUAAUGAAUGCAAUGGACAAGGAUAAAUAGAGUUAUUACCAUCAAUGUAGUAAGCACACACAACAGUAAAUGUUCCCCACAUGUUCAUAAUUGGUCAAAUAUAUUUUCCUCACUUUUUUAUAUAAA